GCCACCGUGGCGUUGGUGGCCGUCUUCAGGCUGAACGCUUCUGGCCCUGCGAGCCUCAAAUUUGCAACCUGUAAUCCGGACCCUGAGAGACGCCCUACCAGGAGUCGCCCGUCGGCCUCUCUGCGGCCGCUAGCCAGUUCCGGCCUCUAAUCACAGUGCUCCUCGCGGGUCCAAGCAUCUGCCCUAAAGUGGGAGGGAGGUGACCAGGUGUGGGAUGGCAGAUGGAAACGCUUAUAGCUGCGCCCCGGUGGAGAAACUGGGUGGGCACACUGUCCCGGAGGAAGCCAGCCCUGGGUCUGCCCUCCAGAGGCACCCAAACAUCAACGUAAAAUUUCUUAGCAACAGAACCCCUUCCUUCUUCCCAUUAUGCAUGCAGCUGUUAGCCGCUCACAGGAACUAAAUCAGAUGAGACAGGACCUAGGGGUUCAGCCAACAGUUUGAGCUCUUCUGCCAUUCCCACCCCUACUCUUCGUCCCUAGCUCUCACACCCUUGCUUUCCCAGCUUCGGUGUCCGGUUGCGGCUGCUCUGUGCGCUCACUGUGACUUUGGGCUAGGGUGGAAGUAAAAAGCACAGAGAUUCCCGAAGAAAGCAGAGGUGGUUAGCGGGUCUGGCUGGCCGUGCGUGCAUCUCUUUCCGUUCCCCUGUCGGUUCUUUCGGAUUGGAAAUCGAAAUCACAGCUGUUACGAAGGCACAAGGGUGCCACCUACGCGCUGAUGCCCCGAAUGCUCACAGGGCUUCCAGCUAACCAUGCUGCACCAACCCUGGCGCUGCCCCUGCUACUGUUACUGCUGGUGCUGUGGACCCCGCUCCCCAAUAGCGCGAGGCGGUCCACAGGCACUGAUUACUUGCGGCGAGGCUGGCUGCGGUUACUAGCCGAGGGCGAGGGCUGUGCUCCCUGCCGGCCGGAAGAGUGCGCUGCGCCACGGGGCUGCCUAGCAGGCCGGGUGCAGGAUGCGUGCGGCUGCUGCUGGGAAUGCGCCAACCUGGAGGGCCAGCUCUGCGAUCUGGACCCGAGCGCCAACUUCUACGGGCGCUGUGGCGAGCAGCUCGAGUGCCUGCUGGACGCGGGCGGUGACCUGAGCCGAGGAGAGGUGCCGGAGCCACUGUGUGUCUGUCGCUCGCAGCGCCCACUCUGUGGUUCCGACGGCCGCACCUACGCGCAGAUCUGCCGCCUGCAGGAGGCCGCCCGCGCUCGGCCUGAUGCUAACCUCACUGUGGUGCAUCCAGGGCCCUGCGAAUCCGAACCCCAGAUCGUGUCGCAGCCCCACAAUAUUUGGAAUGUGACUGGACAGGAUGUCAUCUUUGGCUGUGAGGUGUUUGCCUAUCCCAUGGCCUCUAUUGAGUGGAGGAAAGAUGGCUUGGACAUCCAGCUGCCAGGGGAUGACCCCCAUAUCUCUGUACAGUUUAGGGGUGGACCUCAGAAAUUUGAGGUGACCGGCUGGCUACAGAUUCAGGCUUUACGUCCUAGUGAUGAGGGCACCUACCGCUGCCUUGCCCGCAAUGCCCUGGGCCAAGUCGAAGCCUCUGCUACCCUGACAGUGCUCACACCAGACCAGCUGAACGCCACAGGAUUCUCCCAGCUGCAAUCAAUGAAGUUGGCUCCCGAGGAAGAGGCAGACAAUGAAGAGCUGGGGGACUACUACUAGGUCCAGCUCUCUGAUUUGUGGACGUGGGUGUGUGCAUAUAGUAGCUACCCCUGCUGUGGAGAAGCCACGGAGAAGACAGGACAGGGCGAGCAGGGUCCUUUCAUGGACUGAUUAACGCUCAUUGUAGCCUCAGUUUCCCUUUCCUCAGAACUCAUCUCCCAGAAACUUCCCACCUAGGGCACUUAGUAACCAUAGUCCUUUCUGCGUGAGCACAGUAGAACUGAUUUAGCUCAGUGCAGCGGGAAGGCUAGGCCGGCUUCUUGUCUUGUGCCACUCUAGUGGACAAAGCCCACCCAGCACUGACUAGACACAGUGGGCACCAAUAUAAAAAAAAAAAAACAAAACAGACAAACCGAGCCACACUGCUGCAAACAGUUCUUACAGAUGUGCAAAUGGAGACCAGACAGCGCUGAGUGGUCCCCUACUUCAACAGGAUUCUGGCUUGUAGUGAUUGCAAACCCUAAACACAGGCCUGUUCUAUGAGGGAAGGCUUGAACUCAGGCCUAUACUGCCCUCUCCCGUUCUCAAAUGCGGGAGCUAGAGCCUCUGGUUGGAGGGAGGGUGGAAGUUAUCCCUGUCCCCCACAAAUCCCACCCCUAGUCCCCGUUGGUGUAGGAAUAGGUUACCUGUUUCCUAGUCCUUAUUCUUGUCUCCAGGAGGAGUAGGGAACCAGGUCUAUGUGAGUGGAACCCCAGUAGGAAUGCUUAAACUGAAUGGUUGGGGAACCCGUGUUAGCCACACCCUUCCUCUGCUCCCUUCCCAUUUCCCAGUUGAACCCAAAGUCAUAGUAACCCUAUUUCUAACUGUCCCAUUUGUGACCUGUCUUAUCUGAUUUGAGGUCCUUAACAAAAGCGCUCUUUGGCCUAAAUCUCUCCUAUUCUCUGUACCUAGCCUGGGGACACUGGGGGGGGGGGGGUUAUGAAAUUGCCUAAGGAUAGGUUGGAGUUAGUCAUCAAGCCAAGAUGUGGUGUGUGGAAAGCAACGACCUCCUACGCGCCUGGGUUCCGCCCGGAGCUGGCGCCACCGCGGGGAGGGACGGCUCUUGGCUCAGUGUCUGCGUUUGCUUUGUGGAACCCAACUCAGGCCGCUGAGCCCCCUGGGAGGGGCGUGGCCUGGAACCCCAUUCUCGGGGCCCCGGCUACCCUUGGUCAAGUUUGCACUGUAUCUUCAAAUGUCUUUGCCGAUUCUCACGAUGGUCCCCAGUAAUCGUACUCUGUUGCUUGGGCGGAGCACUUGCAGCGAACUGCAAGGAAAUUGGAGAGUGGAAGAGACUGGGUCGAGCCGGUGGUGGGGGGCCUCUUGCUGUGUGUUCUCAAGAACGCCCGUUCCACCCUGCCAAAAGGGACCUGGGUCUGGGUCCCAGAGUCCACCGUAGCUUGUUCUUUGCUCUAUGGGGGCUCCAAGGUGCCCCUGUGGCUUGCUUGUCCCCUCUCACCCACCUGCAGAACACGGGCUGGCUGGGUCUCCGCCCAAGCCCGAAUCUGUCGUGUCGUCAGCCCUCAGUUUCCCCUUCUGCCGCCUUGAGGGUCUAGACCUCGACGCCUGGAGUGGAAGCACGCGCUGCGGCCCACCGCCUUCAUCCUCCCCGCACCCCGCCUUUGCUGCAGAAGACCGGGUUUAAUAAUGUCGCCGGAAAGUGACACGCGAUUUAUUAUUAAAGUAAUGCGGGCGCGGGGACGGGAAAGGUUUAAUAAACGCGCUGAGAUGCCUAGGA